GACUGUGGGUUAAAGAGCACAGCAAUGCGCACACGCACGUGUUUAUACAUUUUUAAUGGGUUGACGCAUUCCACCAACGGCAACUUUCUGAACUGAAAGAGGGAGUAUAAAGUCGAGGGGGAUGCGUAUGUUCAUGAAGGUCUUUUUAGACGCUAUAACGUUUUCUCAGGUAAGAAGUUGGUCAAGCUAAUCAGCUACAUCCUUAUGUUCGCAUCACACACUUCAUGCCAGCCGACUCACGCAGCUAUAGGCAAGGAACAAUGAGUGGUAAAACGUCUGCUCCGUUUGUCACCAAUGGAAUUACUCCACUCCAGCAGAUGGUGGCGUCCUGCUCUGGAGCCAUCCUCACGUCACUCUUCGUUACACCGCUGGAUGUUGUGAAGAUUCGGCUCCAAGCGCAGAAAAACCCCUUUCCCAAAGGCAAAUGUUUUGUCUACUGCAACGGACUGAUGGACCACAUAUGUGUGUGUGAAAAUGGAAACUCGAAGGCCUGGUACAAAGCACCUGGUCACUUCAAUGGCACCAUGGACGCUUUUGUGAAGAUUUUACGCAAUGAAGGAAUAAAGUCAUUAUGGAGUGGAUUACCUCCAACUCUUGUGAUGGCAGUCCCAGCCACAGUGAUUUACUUCACUUGUUACGACCAGCUCUGUGCAGCACUCAGGCGCCGCAUGGGCAGCUACGCUGACGAGGCUCCUCUUCUGGCAGGACCAAUAGCUAGAUUGGGGGCAGCGACGGUCAUCAGCCCGCUGGAGUUGAUCCGAACCAAGUUGCAGUCUCAGAAACAGUCGUACAGAGAACUGACCGCCUGCAUCCGCACUGCGGUGGAGGCCGAAGGCUGGCUGUCCCUGUGGAGGGGUCUGGGACCCACCCUGCUCCGAGACGUGCCCUUCUCUGCCAUGUACUGGUACAGCUACGACAAGGGGAAGAGGUGGCUGUGUGAACAACAAAACACCAGAGAGCCCACGUUCAGCAUCGCCUUCACCGCCGGAGCAGUGUCUGGUUCUAUCGCUGCCGUCGUCACGUUACCCUUUGACGUGGUGAAGACGAGAAGGCAGGUGGAGCUGGGAGAGUUACAGGCCAAGAAUUUAUCAUCUGAGGUCUCCACCAGCACCUACAGUGUGAUGAGCAGGAUCGUGGCCCAGGACGGCUUUGGUGGACUGUUCGUAGGUUUCCUGCCCAGACUCAUCAAAGUGGCCCCCGCUUGUGCGAUAAUGAUCAGCUCUUAUGAGUUCGGAAAGGCGUUCUUCCGCAAGCACAACCAGGAGCGCGUUCUCAGUCUGUUACAGACCAACAACACCUGAAGGAGUUCUCAUCACAUCACGUCAAAUCAAACGGCCACUUCUACAAGCUCAGACUUCCAAAUAAAAAAUAAAUCUGUUCUCUCUAAGAUAAUGCCACUUAAAAAAACUGAGCUUUAAACAAAAAUCUGUUUAUAAUAGGUAUAUUACAGUUUAUCACAUGGUUUUAUGCUCGCUGCUCUACACACUGAGGACGUUUUCUAUGAUGAGUUUAAUCAUUCUGUUGUAAAAACAGCUUCCUGUUUUUAAAUCUCUGAUUCAAACAGAGGUCACGUGCACUGGUCCUUUAAUUUGGGGAUUUAUCAUUUCAUUUAAAUUCCAGAGUCACUUUUUUUUUCCAUCUUUUCCUUUCAAAUGUAAACGUUGUCCGGAGAUGUCGUCGUCUGCAGCACUUACAUCAAAUUUCAUAGUCAGACUGCUGGGUUUGAAAAUUGAAAGUCCAAACAUGACAUUGUUUCAAGACCAGCGUCAUGAGUGAAAGUCUGAUUAUGUCUGGAGGUUUUUUUUUAUUAAAAAAAUCACCUGAUUAAUGAGUGUACACUGUGGUUCUACAAGAACCAGGAGAACAUAAAAUAGUAUGUUUUGAUCAAUGAUGUCUGUCAUUAACUCUUUGUAUUAUUGUGUUGCGUCUGCCUUUAAUCUAACACUUGUACUUCAGUAGGAAGUGAUUAUGAUGAAGUUGAAAGUUCUCACUGUGAAACCUAUUCCACGAAGCCUCUGAGUUUAAACAUUUGAAUAAUGUUUUUGUUUUUUGUCAUUCAUGCCAUAUGUGGGUGGAUUUGUGCCAGAAACCUUUAUGUUAUUUCUUAAGCUUUGUGUCUGAAAAUAAAAUCUGAAAAG